AUGGAGUAUGUGAGGACUCAAACAAACCCAAAAGAUGGGAAGUUGUUAGCCAUUGGUCACUCAAUGGGUGGUAUGUUGUUAUACGCCUUGCUCUCAAGAUGUGGCUUAAAAGGAAUGGAUUCAGGGUUGGCUUCUGUCACCACUAUUGCAUCAACAUUGGACUACUCAUCCUCAGGAACACUCCUCAAGUACCUAUUACCCGUGAAAGAGCCAGCUCAAGCACUUAACGUGUCUGCCUUACCAAUUGAUACAAUGCUUGAGAUGGCUCACCCACUAAUAUUUCGUCCUCCAUAUGCUUUGUCCUGGUUAACCACUAAUAUCUCUGCUCCUCAAAUGAUGGACCCUGAAGUGAUUGAGAAGCUUGUUUUGAACAGCUUAUGCCCAGUACCAGCUAAACUUCUGUAUCAGCUAGCAACAUCCUUGGGCAAUGGUGGGCUACGUGACAGAACCGGUAGUUUCUAUUACAAGGAUCAUAUCAGCACAACCAAUGUCCCUAUUUUGGCACUGGCAGGGGACUGGGAUAUAGUCUGCCCUCCUGAUGCAGUAUACGAGACUGUAAAGCUGAUCCCACAACAUAAAGCUACUUUCAAAGUUUUCGGUUCACCUGGUGGUCCACAUUAUGGCCACCAGGAUAUGAUCUCUGGUCGAACGGCCCGGAGCGAAACAUAUCCAUUGAUUCUUCAGUUUCUUCAGCGCCAUGACCAGAGUUAA